UUACAUUGUAUGGUUUCCUGCUGUGUUGGAACAGAUCUAAUCGAUUAUCGAAUCAUGGGUUCGGAAUCCGGGCCCAGCUUAUUGAAAUUACACUCAAAUAUUCACGCGCCACAAUUUAAAAAGCUCCAAGCACAGAACUCAGAAGCGCCUAAUGCAACUCAACUUUGAAUAUUACAUGAAGAUUACAUGCCAAUGGCGGUGUAAAAAAGAGUCAUAAAGCGUACAAGUUCGAAAUCAGUAGAGUAGCUCUGGAAUAUCAACACGGAAUUGGGUGGAGUAGGAGCAGAUUCUUUUGUACUGCAUUCAAAUGCACCCAUCCAUAGAUCAGCUGAUUAUAUGAAAAAAUAUAAAACUGUUUUUAAACAAAUUAAUUAUUUCAACAAGAUUUCCGUUUUAUAUAAACAAUAAUCUCCAAUCCUAUGAACAACCAACAAAGACUUUCCAAGAAUGACUUCGAAAAAGACUGCAAGACCAUGGCCAUCGAUUUCCUCGGAAAAAUCCUGGUGAGGAAACUGGACAACGGUACAGUAUUGAAGGGAAGAAUCGUUGAAACCGAAUGCUAUUUGGGAAACGAAGAUAAAGCCAGCCACUCUUAUGGAGGAAAGUAAGUUUAGUUUACUUACCAAAUAAUUCAAAAUUGGCGCUUUUAAGUAUUACUGGUUGUCUACCACCUUCAAGGUCAUUGUUAAAACAAUAAAACAACAUCUAUUGUUUACUUAAUUAUAAAAUAAUUACUCAGGUAUUUUAUAGUCUAGUAAUCUUAUCAAAAUUAUCUUUUUUAAGUACUUCUUAGUCUAAUUUAGUUCUCUAUUGUAAGUCCCAAACUUAACAAUGGACAAAGUGAGACUACCUUUAGAUAUUCUGAAAAACUCUGUUAACGUAGUGUUUACUGGCAAAGAGCCAUGGCAAAUUGUAUCAAUAACAACGAGUUCUGUGCUACUGAUUGUGUGGCUGUACGAUUUUUUGGACCGCGACGAAGACUUACUAACCAGAAGCAAAAAAACCAUAUUCAAAAUAGCCAAGUGUUUCCCUCAAAUCAAACGUAAAGUAGAUAAGGAAUUGGCAGACAUCAAUGAGAGCUUUAGAAAAGAAGUUGCUGAAAAAACGAGUCAUUUAGAGUACUUGGUACAGUUACCUUCAAAAGGAAUGAAUAGUCAAGAAAUUUUGAAGAUACUCAAUACAAAUUUGGCUUUGAAUCAAGAUUUAUGGAAGGGUGGGUGGGCUUCAGGGGCUGUUUAUGUACACAACGAGUCUUUACAAGCCUUAAUGGCAGACGCUUAUAAAGAAUCUUCAUAUACUAAUCCUUUGCAUCCAGAUUUAUUUCCAGGUGUUUGUAAAAUGGAAAGUGAAAUAAUUAGAAUCCUUAUUAACCUUUUUUAUGGAGAUGAAAAUGCUUGUGGUACCAUGACCACUGGUGGUACUGAAUCAAUUAUGAUGGCUUGUAAAGCUUAUAGGGACUACGCUAAAGAAACUAGAGGUAUUAGAAGGCCUGAAAUGGUUCUUCCAAUAACAGCUCACUCAGGUUUUGAUAAGGCUGGUUUGUACUUAAAUAUUCGUCUGAGGCAUGUGCGUUUAGAUCCAGCCACUUGCCAAGUAGACAUCAAAGCAAUGAAAAAAGCCAUUAAUCGUAACACCAUAAUGCUAGUAGGCUCAGCUCCUAAUUUCCCCUAUGGUACUAUAGAUGACAUUGCUGAAAUAUCAAAUUUAGGUCUAAAAUACAACAUUCCGGUUCAUGUUGAUUCUUGCCUAGGAGGUCUUUUGACUUGUUUCAUGGAAAAAGCUGGCUACCCACCUCCAGUGACUGAUUUCAGGCUACAAGGUGUUACCAGUAUUUCAGCUGACACUCACAAAUAUGGCUUCGCCCCUAAAGGUACCUCAGUUAUAAUGUACAAAGAGCCUAAGUACCGACACUAUCAAUACACUGUGACUACUGAUUGGGUUGGUGGAGUGUAUGGUUCACCUACGGUCAAUGGAAGUAGAGCGGGUGGUAAUGUAGCUACAUGUUGGGCAGCGUUAUUGUAUCACGGCAUAGAUGGUUAUGUCAGCGCUACAAAAGAAAUAAUUUAUACAACCAAGUUUAUUGAAAAAGGCUUGAGAAGGAUGAAAGGCAUUUACAUUUUUGGCCAACCAGCUACCAGCGUGGUGGCAGUAGGCAGCAACGAUUUCGACAUUUACCGUCUCUCAGACGCUUUAUUGACUUUAGGCUGGCAUUUAAACACUUUACAAUAUCCAUCGGCCUUCCAUAUUUGCGUAACUCUAUUGCAUACUAAGCCAGGAAUUGCUCAAAAGUUUUUGGAUGAUGUUAGAGAUUCCUUGGUUGAAAUUUUAAAAGAUCCUUCAGUACCUGUAGCUGGAAAAAUGGCGCUGUAUGGUACGGCUCAGAAGUUACCUGACAGAUCGAUUGUAGGGGAUAUAACUAGAUAUUUUUUGGAUUCCAUGUAUUACAUACCUGAACAACAGAAAAAGUGAAUGGAUAUUUUUUUACUUGAGAUGUUUAUAUUGCAUUAAUAUUAUUGUUAUAUUUAUGUUAUAUGAUGAUAUUUUAUCAAUGUUUUUAUGUGAUUAAAGUAUUUAAUUAUUUAUAAAAAAAAAAAAAAAAAAAUAGUCAAAAUGAGACAGUAUCAAAACAGUUUUAUAUGAAAUAAAACAUGAGGCACGAUACAACUCAAAUAGGAAUCAAAUUUAUAAAAACUAUCUACUGCACUGUCUUUCCAGACGAAACUGAUUCGCAAGCGGCGGCCGCUACAAAGAAAUAUGCCGCCAAAGA